CCCGGCUCCGGUUCCCGCAUGGCGGCCGCGGGGCCCCCCCCGGGCGGGAGCAGCAGCCCCGAGCAGCGGUAGCGCAGCGCGGAGCGGGCGGCAGCCAUGGCCGACCCCAGCCACAUCCAGUCAGCUGCUUCCAAGAGCAUCCGUCCCUUCCGCUCAAGCGAGGAGUACCUGGAGGCCAUGAAGGAGGACCUGGCCGAGUGGUUCAACACCCUCUAUGACCUGGACAUCCAUGCGGAUACGUUCCUGGAGAGCCUGGAGACAGGCGCUCACCUCUGCCGCCACGCCAACAAUGUCACCCGCAGCGCCCGCGCCUUCCAGCGCCGGCACCCGGAGCUGGGCACGCGCGUCCCCCGCAACGAGGUCCUGUUCCAGGCCAAGAACGUGGCCCCCGGCUCCUUCGUGGCCAGGGAUAACGUGUCCAACUUCAUCCGGUGGUGCCGGCAGGAGCUGGGCAUCCAGGACGUGCUCAUGUUCGAGACCAAUGACCUGGUGCUGAGGAAGAACGAGAAGAACUUUGUGCUGUGCCUGCUGGAGGUGGCGCGGCGGGGAGCGCGCUUCGGCAUGCUGGCCCCCAUGCUCAUCCAGAUGGAGGAGGAGAUCGAGGAGGAGAUGCGGGACCCAACGGGGACCCGGCGCCAGGAGGGCCAGGACCCACAAGCACCCUCGUACCCCGGACGGGCCCGACCCAUCUCCAUCUGUGACCUGAAGAACCUGGAUGAGCUGGUACGGGAGAUCCUGGAAUGCUGCUCCUGCCCCUCCCAGUUCCCCAUGGUCAAGGUCUCAGAGGGGAAAUACAAAGUGGGGGACUCCAACACCCUCAUCUUUGUGCGGGUGCUCCGGAGCCACGUGAUGGUGCGAGUGGGGGGCGGAUGGGACACGCUGGAGCAUUACCUGGACAAACAUGACCCGUGCCGCUGCGCCUCGCUUGCCCACCGCCAGCCCCGGGCCCCCACCGCCUGCCCCAGCCCCGGGCCCCCCCGGCGCCCCCCUGGCAGAGCCGUGGGGCUCACGGGCACCCCCAGGCCCGGCUCCAGGCAGGAGGGGGGAUCCCCACGGGGGGCUCCGGCCCCACAGCCCAGCAGCCCCGGCAGGAGCCCCGCACGCACCGCACACAGGCCCCGCGCCCGCCGCUGCUCAGGCGACAGCGACUCCUCGGCCUCCUCCGUGCCCGGCGGCCCCUCGGGCGCACCGAGACCCCGCGACGGGACCCGUGAGGAGCCGGAGCCGCAGCGCUCCCAUAGCCCCGGGGCUCCCCGAACCCCACAGCGCUCCCAUAGCCCCGGGGCUCCCCGAACCCCACAGCGCUCCCAUAGCCCCGGAGCACCCCGAGCCCCACAGCGCUCCCAUAGCCCCGGUCCGCCCCGAGCCCCACAGCGCUCCCAUAGCCCUGAUCCGCUCCGUGCCCCACAGCGCUCCCAUAGCCCCGGAGCACCCCGAGCCCCGCAGCGCUCCCAUAGCCCCGGAGCACCCCGAGCCCCACAGCGCUCCCAUAGCCCCGGUCCCCCCCGAACCCCGCAGCGCUCCCAUAGCCCUGAUCCGCUCCGUGCCCCACAGCGCUCCCAUAGCCCCGGUCCCCCCCGAACCCCGCAGCGCUCCCACAGCCCCGGUCCGCAGCCGCUGCUCCUCAUCAGCCGCGGCCCCUCCGGGCAGCACUCGUGGUCGCUGCCCCCGGAGCCGGGGCCGGAGCGGGGCCGGCGCUGGUUGGAGCCGGCCCAGGAGCAGCGGCUGCUGCGGGAGCUGGAGCGGGAGCUCCUCGCCAACACCCGCGCCAUGGCCGAGCUGCAGGACGCGGAGCCCCCCCCGCCCCCCCCCGCCGCAGACUCCGCCUACUGCUCCUCCUCCUCCUCCUCUUCCUCCCUCAGCGUCUUCGCCAAGCAGAGCGCGCCCGCCCCCCCCCGACCCCCCCCGUGCAGCUCCUCCGAUGAGAGCUCGGACACGGACGAGCCCCCCCCGCCGCGGCCCUGCCCCCGCCCCCGCCUGGACACGCAGCCCCAUAGGAAGCCGUCGAGGAUCCCCACGCCGCGGGGCUGUGGGGCAGCGCCCCCCCGCUCCAGCCCCAAAGCCGGGGGGCACCGGUCCUGGGGGGCUCUGCAGAGCGUCCUCUCCUCCUUCCUGGAGCCCGCCUGGGCCCCCCCGGAGCACCAGGGGCUGGAGGAGGACUCCUGGCCCUGAAGCACCCGCAGGGAUGCGGGGGGUGAUGGCCCCGAGGGACCGCAGCCGAGGUACCGGACACGGGACCUGCGGCACUCGGUGACUGUUGGCGAUGGGCCCUGGAUGGGCCCCGGUCCGGUGGGAGAUGCUCCAGGGGGACAAACGCAGCGGGGCCGGAGCAAGGAGCUGCGGGCCGGGCACAGGGGAACAUGGACGGAGGUGAAGCGGCUCCAACCUCAGCUGCACCUCUCCUGCCUCAUCCUCAUCCAUCUCCUCUCUUCCACCUCCUCACUCGAGGUGACUCUGGUUCAUGCCCUUGUCCCUCCCCAGCCCAUCCGGCCUGGAUAUAGCCCGUCUGAUGUCCCUAUGGUGGGAUGGGGCUGUCUCUGGAGCCCACCCCCGGCCCUGCAUGGCCCCCCCCCAGCCAGU